AUGUCCCAAUCUCUUCCUCCGCCUUUCACUCCGGAUAGUGAAUUUGCUGCUCUCGAGACGCCCCGCGCUCCGGCUGGGAGUCUUUCAAUCACCGCUUUAGCCCGCUUUGAGUUUGAGGCCGGAAAAGCCAACGAUGGAACUAAGAUUCUUAUGAUUGAAUGGGAGGAUGAUGAUCUCGCCCGGUGUGCUUCAUCUGUCACCACUACCUCAUCCCCAGCGGCAGUUGAAACCAAGCCCGAUGCAGAGACAGCAACAGACACGACGAAUACAACGACAGAAACGACAGAGAAUGACCAAUUAAAGAAACGAACAGGCGGACUAUGGCACGUCUCCUGGGAAAACAAAACGGCUGUGCUGCCCGCCUCCGAGCAGACGAAUGAUCACACCCGUCGCGUCUACUUCCUUCUCCCGCCCAACGUGACCAUCCCGCCUGUCGUUACUCUAGCCUACGAGCCUGCCCCCGCGGGGCAGCAACCUAGCGACUAUGGCACCGCAGCGUCAGAGACGCUGCAGCUCAAUCCGCUGCCGGCGAUAUUUCCCCCGGAACUGGGUGCGGACGGCCGUUCUGCCGGCAAGAAGGGUGUGUUGCACACGAUAUGGGCAAAGAAAAGACUGCAGGUGCUUGAACGCGAGAUUCGCGAGGAGUGUGAAAACAACGUCGAGGGCAUUGCGCUGCAGAUGGCACUGCAGGAGAAGGAGUGGAUCGAGAUGAACUUUGGAGUCGGGGGUGCGCAGGCGGCGGCGGAGGCCGUGCGCAAUCGGGUGAACUCUCAUGAUGCGUCGUAUCCAAUGGGACCGACGACGCCGGUCUCGCCAACUACUGGAGGGCGGUUGGGCGAGAAGCUGAAGGGACUGAGAUUGCAGACGGGGGCUGGGGGCAGGGGAAAGGAGUUUACAUCUUCGCCAUUGAGUUCUGAAGGAAUGCCCCCAUCUUCAUCGGCUCAUCUUCUGUCGCCGCUCUCCCCCGACAUCGCGGUCUCCUCGUUCAACUCGUUCCACGGCAUCCAGCGACCUGAACCGACGCCGGCAGCUGCUCCGGCAACUGUCCCAGCCUCUGUGCCCGCUCUCUCAGACCCGGUGAAAACAGUCGCACAUUACCCGCCCGAGUCCUUACAGGCGCAACAAAGUACGCGGGAUGGUAGUAGUGGGUUUGCGCCCAUGGGCACUAUCACACACACGUCGGGCGUCGAUUCUGGUGAGGAGCUCUUCGCCAAGGCGUUGAGUCCGCGCACGCCGGAUCUUCCCCGGAGUCCGUUCUCUUUUGCGCCGGAGACGCUGUUGCAGCAGAGAAUGUGA